GCAAGGAGGUUAAAGAUUGGGACUCUCAGCCUCCCUGCACAACCAGCUCGUCGACGCUCAGUUCUCGGCUUCACCAACUCCAGCAACCCAAGCAUGACGGCUCGGGCUCCUUUGGCAUCUCUGCUCUUCCUCCUGCUCCUGGUGCACGUAGUGCCCAGCCAGGCCUGGAGUCUCCGACAGCCGGAACUCCACCGAAAAUCCCAACCCACAACGCCUGUCUGUACUCAGCCCGUCUACAAUUGGUGCUCCUCCUGGGAAAAUUCCCGAAUCUGCGAGGCGGAGAAGGAGUGUUCUGCCCUAUGGAGACCUUCAGCUGUCCAACCUGUCUCUGUACAACUCUUCUAUGAGGCCCUGUGUCCUGCGUGCAGGGACUUCUUGUCACUGCUGCUCUUUCCUACCUGGGCUUUGCUGGGUGAUAACGUCAUGAAUGUCACUCUUGUGCCUUUUGGCAAUGCUCAGGAGAAAGAAGUGAAUGGGACCUGGGAGUUUACCUGUCAACAUGGGGAGCUGGAGUGUGAACUCAACAUGGAACAGACCUGUGUGUUGUACCUCCUUGGGAAAGAGUUUCCUAAUGCCUUUGCUGUGAUCAACUGUAUGAUGUCAACUGCUGAUCCAGAGACCUCACUAGAGCCGUGUCUGAAGGUCUAUGCCCCCAAAACUUCUGUGGCUGAAGUCAUGAAAUGUGCAAGAGGACCUCAAGGCAAAGAGAUGAUGCAUCAGAAUGCCAUGCUGACAGAUCAUCUUUCCCCUCCACAUACAUACACCCCUUGGAUUCUGGUUAAUGAGGAUCACUUAGAGGAUCCAACUCAACUUUUAAAUACUGUGUGUCAAAAAUACCAGGGGGAGAUGCCUGAAGCCUGCAAAAGGAACACCUUUUCUAUCACAAGAUGAAUAUUCUUGCAGUGAACCUGCAGUGGUCUCAGGGGAAGGCCUGGUAUAGUACCAGUCAUAUACAUCAGGAGGGAGCUGGUUGGGCUGAGAAGGGACCAAGUCACCAAGAGUAGUAGCCCGGAGUUUGAUGUAUGUGGGUACCCAGAACUUUCUGUUUCUUCCUGACAGGCUCAGGAAAUCUCACCCUCUCCAGAGUUUUCUUGAAAUAAAAACCUAUUUUGAGAAACAUGA